UGCGUGAAAAUUGCAGAUUUCAGCCAACCUUUCUUCAUCCAUCUAAAUCUGCGAAUCACCAGGCAGAUACCAUGCAUUGGAUUUUGUAUGGCUUUCACCAUCUUCAUCAUUUCUGCCCUUCUCUUGCUUUUCUCUCUCUGGAGGCACACCUGGAAGAUGCAACACAGCUUCAGAAACCCCAGCGUGCAAGCCCACAUUCAGGCAGUGAAAAGCAUCAUGUCUUUCUUCAUCAUCAAUCUUCCCAGCUGCAUGAAGCUGGAAACAGUCAUGAGCCGAAUCAGCAAGGAGAAAGGCUUAAAACAGGAAAAUGUGAAUGUCAAGAACUCAAAUCCUAUGUCCCACCUCUAA